AUGUCUGCACAUGCUCCCAAUACACUACAGCUGGAGCUGAAGGAUCCUGGUGGCGAUGCAUACCAGAUUCAGGUGGCGUGGCCUUUAGCCUGGAAUGAUCCUAAGACUCCCGGUCAUAGUGCCUCCAUCAUUUAUGUGCUUGAUGGUAAUGCCCUCUUCUUCACCGCAACUGAAGCUUCCCGCCGCAGUGCAAUGCUUCCAACAAGCGAUAAUGCGGUUGUGGUAGGGAUUGGGUAUCCAAUCGAAGACAGGCCAUACAGUCCGCGAAGGCAAUAUGACUACACCCCGCCAUGUGAUAGCUAUGUAGCACCAUGCGGAAUCGAUGGCGAGCAACAAGCUAUCCCCCACGGUGGUGCAACGCGAUUUCUUGAAUUCCUUGUCGGUGCUGUACGGACCACUUUGCUUGCAGAAGUCUUCUCUAGUCUCUGCGUGAAUAAAGAAAUCCUCAUCGGCCAUUCCUUGGGCGGGCUUUGCACAUUACAUGCGCUUUUUGAGAACAUAACGCCCUUUGAUACCUUCAUUGCCAUUAGCCCUUCAAUAUGGUGGAGCAAUGAGUUUAUUCUGGGAGAAGCAGAGCGUUUCUUGAAGCAACGUAUGGAUGGUGGAGGGCCUGAGUCGUCUACCACUUUGCCUACUCUAAUAAUUAUAUAUGGGAACCUGGAGCAAGACCGACGGUGCCACCCAAGCUGGAGCGAGGAUAAAUACCGGAGAGUGAAAGCUUUGUCGCAGGAAAGAAAAAUGAAAGAUAACGCCGAUGCGCUAGCAAAUUGUCUGCGACAGAGUGGGCGAUUGCAAAAGGUGCGGGUAAAGGAAUAUCGAGAUGAAGAUCAUGGGAGUGUGGUUGGUGCUGGGAUUAGUUGGGCAAUCGGAGCUGUGUUGGACGAUGGGAGAUUCUUCUCCGAUGGGGAUGCCUAG